UUUUCCUGAAUCUACCGAUUGCAGUCGAGUAUGGUACAAUCAUCACUUAAUGCGACACCACUGUAUUCUUUUCUGCUUGACGAAACUGGUAACUUCAUACCCAUACAAAACAUAAGCAUUUCCAAUUCUAAUACGAAUACUUUAACCUAUACUUAUGCGCUAUUUAAUCAGAAGAAAUUGUUGAGGUUAUUGAGCUUUCACCUUGGAUGAGGGUACGAAUGUAUCGGAUGUUCUCAGAGGAAACGAAAAGACUCUGUGCCUGCUAUUCAUGUCAGUUCAUUAACUUUGCUUACGUGAACUUUGGACAUUCUCACGUGUUCGUUUCUUAAUCUCGUGAUUUACGUCAGUUCUACUAAGGUCUGCAAAAGUUUAUUCAUAUAAACCUAAAAUUACGUUUAAAGAAUCAGUUGGUUCGCGUCAUUCUACGAGUACAUAAAAUGUCUGCAAAUCAACGUGCCAAGUUAUCACUGAAAAAGACCGCAAAACCCAGUACUGUGUUGGAGCAGCUGCUAGCGAAACCGAAAAAUAAUGUGCAACCGGCGGGCACGUCUGUUUCAGCGACGCAGCAGCAGGAAUCCCAAAUACAGCAGCAGCCUCCUGCUCAAUCUCCUGUAGUAUUGAUAGCCGAUAAAGACGUGGAAGACGAGUUUAAUCGUCUGUUUGAAAACGUUACGCUCGCCACGUUACCGGCGACUUCGCCGCUCCAGCCGCCUCCGCCGUCGCAGCCAGGUGACAAAAACUUGGCUCUCAUUAGGAGAGAAGAAAAGCGCAGCAGCACCAUCAACAUCAAUACCUGCAACGAACUUGGACGAAUUUCGCAAUUGCGGUGUGGAGUGGUUGCUUGUGUUGUUGGGAAGAUACAUACAAAGUACUGGGAUGCAAGAAAGGCGAAUUGCCCAAUUGCAAAGGUACAAUAUAAAAAGUGUUCAAAAAUUAGGAGGCAAAAAACGUCGAUUCUGGAGAAAGAGCAAACCUUGAAAAAGCAUUAACCGAUGGCAUUUAAAUUUUUUCUUCAGUAAUGAUUAAUUUGUAUAUAGUGCCUUACGAAAAUAUGGUGUUAGCAAUUCAUCGUUAAUAAAAGGCAAUAUACUUACAACUCCUAUAUUAUUAUUUAUUAAUUGAUCGUGUUCAAACUCGCU